ACGCCCACUGAAGGGAGGUGACAGCUCCCGUAAGGUGGAGGUAAGUCGUGCCUCGAGUAGGCCUAUCCUGUUGUAGGGGCUCGCGAAAGGUAUGGCUGACGCACUCGGCCGGAGCGGCUUGCGGAAGCUCCAUGUGUUUUCGGUGAAGGAUAGAAUCGAAGGAGGAGAGAGGAGGGAGGAGGGAGGAGGGGGGAGGGAGGAAGAGAGGAGAAAGGAUGAGAAAGAGGAGGAGGAGGACAAGAAGGUGGCAGGAAGAGGGCGAAAGGAGGAAGACGAGGGUGGAAAAGUGGGGGAGAGACGAGGAGGAGGAGGAGGAGGAAGAGGACGAGCGCUGGGAGAAGUACGAAGAACAAGGAGGAGGAUCAUAGCGCCGAAAGACGCAGGAACCGACGAAAAGGAGGAGGAGCGGGGGGAGGAGGAGGAGGAGGAGGAGGAGGAGGAGGAGAAAGGGGAGGAGGAGGAGGAAGAGGAGGAUGAGGAGGAGGAGAAUAAUGGGGAGAAGAGCUUGGUACAUGGCUGGAUAUUUGAGCUAAGAUUGUUGAUGACGUCAACGCUGCAGAUUUGGACGAUCUCAUGCCGUCUUUUCUCGCUCUUCAUCGACAGUUGUUCAGUCACAAUCGAGGGCAGCAUACGUCCUCGCCGUUUGCCCUGUGUCUUCGCUCUCACGUGUCGUGCUGUGGGUUUGUGGGGCGCGGUGUUAGAGAGGGGCCGGGGAGGGAGUGUCGACAUGGCGCACAGGCCGGAGUUUGUGCCCAAUGUGGAGUUCGAAAACGAUCCAAAGCCCAAGCACGUCAUCUUGAAGUACGUGGAGAAGGGCCAAUUGUUUGUUAGCCCUUCGGGAGCUGACCCGAAGGGCAAUCAUGAGUUGCGUUGUAGAUUGUGCGGUCACCGCUGGGUUGGUAACCAAAGCAAGGCGACCCAGCACUUCAAUACCGUGCGCGAUCAUGAGAGGUGCCCACACGCAUGUGUUUAUAUCCUCAGGGACUUGCAGAGGGCAGGCAUCAAGUUGAAGGGGUCCCUCCCUGUUUAUGUACGGGAGGGUGACAGGGAGGGUGAGCUCGAAUUUGAGCAUCCCCUCAAUUGGAGAUUGCCUGGCGUCGUGGCACGACAGCCCCCGCUAGUUCGCGCGUGUGAUUUGGCACAGGGACGAAGGGGGGAUGGCAGGGAGGAGAGAGCACCUCCGGCACCUGCGGCGCGGCAGGAUGGAGAGGGCCAUUCUGCAGGAGUGGGCCCUUCAAGAGGAGGGGGCCCGUCCGCAGGAAUGGGCCCCUCUGGAUCAGCGGGCCCGUCUAGUGGAGGGGGAGAGGGAGCAGGAGAGGGCCCGUCUGGGGAGGGGACGAGUGUGACGAGGGAGGGCGUGCAGAGCACGCAAGGGCGAGACGCAUACCUCUUGGGUCGGCAGUCGCCGCCCGUAUCUCUGGUUCGCCCGGAUGAGACGCGGUACGGGACCAACUACAUCAUGCUUCAUCGCAUGUCGAGGUUGCGUGAGUCUUUGGAUGGUUGUGUCAGCUCCACUGCCUGGGCGACGAGCGCGUGGCUCCCCGCAUUGAGGGACGGCGCACGCAGGUGUUUCGACCCGCAGUGGUGGCAUCAGGUAGAGCUCGUCACCACCAUCAUGGGUCCUAUUCACGAGUUGCUUCAGCAGGUCGACUCUGACGGCCGCAGGGUCGGUGAUGUGUGGGGAUUACUAGAGAGGUUGCGGAUCACGGUCGAUCGACUAUCUCUUGAUGAGGCUUGUCACGAGCCCAUCAAAAAGAUAGUCAAGGAAAGGUCAGAUAUGAUGCUCACCCCCAUUCAUUGUGUUGCGUACUUGUUGCACCCCAAGUACCGCAGCAUCGACCUUUUGAUGCGAGGGACGAUGAGGGAGCGCAUUCUUGUGGCGAAUGCGCUUGACUACAUUGUGACCCAGAUCGACGGUGGCCGAGAGGGCGACGAGAUUGGACGAGUCUGGAGUUCUCUGCAGGACUUCCAUGGCAAGUACCCCACGGCCGCUCAUUGGGGGGGACCCGUCGGGGAUGCAGAGAUCGAGCAGCCUGACUUCGAUCCUGUGAGCUGGUGGAGAUUUCAGGGGGGACGACAUCCGACAUUGCGAGAUGUUGCCAUGCGCUGCUUGGGUGAGUGGACCACUGCCUCUCCUUGUCAGAGGAAUUGGUCGAUGCAUGACUUCGUCAACACGAAGAGGCGCAACAGGCUAGGCGUCGGGCAGUUGGAGAAGCUUGUGUUCUGUCACUGGAACCUGAAGCUUCUCCAGAGCAGUCACGCGCGCGGCGGGUUCAUCGGGCCAGGCCUCCCAGGGGUCGGACUGACUGACGUGGAGAGGAGGGCAGAGGACUAUUCCCGUUACGAGCCAGACGGGAGGGAGCCCGAUACAUACGACCCGGAGGAGAUCGAGAGAGAGGUCGAUCGCCUGAGGAGGCAGUCGAGAGGCAGACGCUUAGCGCGGGCCGCAGUAGCAUUGGCCCAGCAGAUUCAACAGCGGGGCGAGGACACGGUACACGGGGAGGAUGUGAUUGACGACGUCGUGUCAUGGUUAUCAGAGCCUUGUCGGGGGGACAGGUUUUUAGAUGGGGAGGCCCCCCCGACUGCGAGCCCCGCAGGUAGGAUGCUUCCGCCACGCGCCCCGCUUCGUGAUAGAGGCGUUCCCGCACGUACGCCCGCAUGCGAGGCAGACUCGGACAGCCUCCGUGGAGACGAGUUUCCCGACGUGUCGGGCGCCGUCGGGAUGGAUGAUGGCGGCUGGGGGGAUGGUCGUCCACCGGAGGCCGAUGAGCCGAGGGAGGCCGCUCGACCCCUGGAGUCUGAUGAGCUGAGGGAGGCCGCUCUUCGACCGUCCAGCACAGGAUCCGUUGAGGGUGCACCGCCUCCAUCUGCUGCACCAGCCACGGAUGCGACCACGCAACAUGAUACUCUCGCAGCGGCCGGUCAGGGUUUGCCACAUGCCCCCGCCGACGGGGGCACUACAUCUGCGGCUCCGAUCUUUUCUAGCCCGCACCGUGCAGUGGAGCACGAUUGUCAGGGGAGGUUCAUACGACGUCCCGGAUUCACGGGUCCACUAGACUGGUGGGCAGCAUCAACUAUUUCCCAAGAUGCUGAGAGGGAUUUGGCGGCGUACCUGCCGAGACCAUUGUCGGAUUUGCCGCGGGUCGACUUGGAUGCGAAGGCUGGUGGCGUGGAGUGUCGGGAGCCCUUUGGUGCUAAGGCUGCUGCUGGGGAGGCUGUUGCCACAGAGGGAGGCGCAGAGAGAGAGGAUAUCGCACGUGCCUUGGAGGGCGCCGGUUACUCCGUAGAGGAAAUCGAGCAAACGUUGGCGGGGUACCCAGAGGGACACAGACACAGUACCCAUCAUCCGGGGAUGCACACACGCCACGGUGUGGAUUGUAGCCACGCACGCGCUUCUCCCUUGCUGCCUCUGCCGCUUCCAGAUCCCUCUCUUGCACCGGACAUCGCAGGCGCGGGAUCGCACUCGUCUCCCGUGACGGAUGCUCAGGUUACUGGUGGACAGUGCAAUGGUCUACGGGACCAUGACUCCCCGGGCACGGGUCUUCGUCGUGCAGUUUACCCCAUGGACUGCGGCGCGCACUCGACGAUGCCAUUGCCGCCCAGAGAUCCCUCAUUCAUCAUUGAGCCGCUUCGACCAUUCGUUGGUCUUAAGCGGAAGGCAGUGGCUGCCACGGGACAGGAGGGUGGGAGAUCUACAGGUCGUGGCCGAGCCAGAGGCCGACCAUCGGGAGAGGAGAGGGUAGUGGGAGAGGGUGGUAUAUCAGCAGAGGGGCGUUGGAGAGGAGAGGGGCGCGGGAGAGGAGAGGGACGUCCCAGAGGCCGACCGCCCGGACGGGGAGAGGAGAGGGACGAGGCACGACUCGCGGGGGCAGGGCAUCAGGGGGGAAGGCCACUGCGGGUGGGAGAGGGUUCCAUGCGCACAUGGCGCCAGUCACAUCAUCUACCGCCGAGGCCGAGGAGGGCAUAGCGCAGCGCACCGCCAGGAGGCGUAGAGCAGAGCCGCCGAC